AUGGCCUUUCAAUUAGGAGCUUCUUCAUCAUCAUCUCCUUCAUCCAUCAUUCUACGGAAUUAUGAUGUAUUCUUGAGCUUUAGAGGUAAAGAUGUUCGCAGAAAGUUUAUUUCUCAUCUAUACCAAGCUUUACUUCAAAAUGGAAUCAAAACUUACAAGGAUAAUGUCGACCUUAAGAGAGGAGAGCAAAUUUCGUCUGAACUUUUUAAAGCCAUUGAAGAGUCAAGGAUUGCGAUCAUUGUAUUUUCUGAAAAUUAUGCAGAAUCCAAAUGGUGUUUAGACGAGCUAUUGAAGAUUCUUGAGUGCAAAAAAUUAUUCAAUCAAAUUGUUGUACCCGUAUUCUAUGAGAUAAAACCAUCAGACAUACGAGAGCAAAAAGGAAGCUUUGGGGAAGCAUUCACUAAACUUGGAAAGAAAAUCAAGGAUGCAGACAUAAAGCAACUGGAGUCUUGGAAGGAAGCUUUAGAAGAAGUAGUCAAAUUGUCCGGGUUUGAAUAUACAGCGAUCGGCCGGGAUGAUGAGUCAGAAGUUAUCAAAAACAUCGUUGAUUGGGUCAACUCAAGAAUAAAAAACCAAACACGUCUAUACGUUGCUGAAUAUCCAAUUGAAAUAGAGCCAGACAUAUUUCAGCAUUUAAGUGUUGAAAAGAAUGAUAUCAGACGCAUGGUGGGGAUUUUUGGAACUGGUGGAAUUGGAAAGACAACUUUUUCAAAAGAUAUUUAUAACAGGAUAUCAGAUCAAUUUAAAGGACGUUCUUUCUUGAGUAAUAUUAAAGAAAGAUCAAAAAGAGAAGGUCUGGAUAAGCUGCAAGAAAUACUUCUUUCCGAGAUCUUAGGGGAAAAAAUAAAUAUUAAUGAUGCUGACAGAGGAGUCAAUAUGAUUCGGGAAAGACUUCACUCUAAAAAGGUUCUACUAGUUCUUGAUGAUGUGGAUGAGUUGGACCAACUAAAAAAAUUAGCUGGAGAUCGCUCUUGGUUUGGUUUAGGAAGUAUAAUCAUCGUAACAACAAGAGAUCGACAAGUACUAAAUUUAUUUGAAGAUGAUGAUUCAAAAUACGAGUUGAAGCACUGGGAUGACAACAAAGCUCUUCGGCUCUUUAGCUUGCAUGCUUUCAAGAAAAAAGAACCACUUGAUGAGUAUAUGGAACUCUCUAAACGAGUAAUAAAAUAUGCUCAAGGUCUUCCACUAGCUUUAACAGUGCUUGGAUCUGAUCUAAAAGGCCAAAGCAUACCCCAUUGGGAAAGAGCAUUGGAUAAGUAUAAAAGCAUUCCCCACAAAGAUAUUCAGCGUGUACUUCAAAUAAGUUAUGAUGGUUUGGAAGAUAAGGAGAAGGAAAUGUUCCUUGAUAUUGCCUUUUUCUUUAACGGAGAAUCUUUGGCUGAGAUCAAGAAAAUAUUUGAAAGUUGUGAUUUUUUUCCUGAUUAUGGUAUUGAUAAGCUUAUAAAAAAGUGUCUUAUUAAUAUUGAGGGUGAAUAUGUUUGGAUGCAUAACUUGCUACAAGAUAUGGGUCGAGAAAUUGUUCGACUAGAAUCACCCCUUGAACCUGGUGAACGUAGUAGACUUUGGUUUCACAAGGAUAUCCGUGAAGUGUUGGAAGAAAGCAUGGUAAGAGUAAAAAAAACUUGA